ACACCCCAUCCACCCUCUAUGUCCUAUAGGGCAGUUCUAUGUGAUGAUGACCCCCCAGGACGUUCUGCAGUCGGGGUCUCAACGCAGCAUCGCCCCCCGCGGACACCCCUAUUCCCCGAAGGUGGACGGUACCAGGGUCCCACGGGAUGAGAGAAGGAGGGCGCAGCACAACGAGGCUCUGAGGCGCACAAGAUGGGUGUCACACUACAUCGGAUCUCUAUCCCCUCAUAUGCCGACCAUUCUGGCUGAUUCCGAGGAGACGUUUUCCGCACGCCGAGGCGGUGNCCUGUCCAAGGCGUGUGACUACGUCCGUGAGCUCCGUCAGAGCAACCAGCGGCUGCAGGAGACCUUCAAGGAGGCCGAGAGGCUGCAGAUGGACAACGACCUGCUGCGACAGCAGGUAGAGGAGCUUCAAAGCGAGAACGCCGUGCUGAGGGCCCAGCUCCAACAGAGGGGCCUGGAGGGGGGGCGAGCCCCGAGGGGCUCCCACAGUGACCCCCCCCCAUUUAAAUACCCCCCCUCCCCUUUAAAUAACCCCUNUAGAAUCCCUAUAGAAUCCCUAUAG